GCGACGAGAGGGGGCGGGGCUUGGAGACCUCCUACAUCCUCGGGGCGAGACCGGAGGGAUGUUCCCUGCUCAGGAGGAGGCCGACAGAACGGUGUUUGUGGGGAAUUUAGAGGCCCGAGUACGGGAAGAGAUUCUUUACGAGCUGUUCCUUCAGGCUGGGCCAUUAACCAAAGUGACUAUAUGCAAAGACAGAGAAGGAAAGCCGAAGACUUUUGGAUUUGUCUGCUUUAAACACCCUGAAUCGGUGUCUUAUGCCAUAGCUUUGCUGAAUGGAAUACGUUUAUAUGGAAGACCAAUUAAUGUACAGUAUCGAUUUGGGAGCUCUCGCUCUUCUGAACCAGCUAACCAAAGUUUUGAGAGCUGUGUUAAGAUAAAUUCACACAGCUACAGAAAUGAAGAAGUUGUGGCCAGAUCUUCCUUUCCCAUGCAGUUCUUUCCAAUUAACAGUGCAGCUUUACCUCAAGAAUAUUUUUUCUUUCAGAAGAUGAUGAUUGUCUUUUUUCCCCAGCAGUGGCAUGCCUAUAAUCCAGCCCUGCAGCUGCCUUAUUAUGAGAUGGCAGCACUGCUUCCUAAUAGCACGUCUGCGACGUCGUCACUAAAUUGUGCUCCAGAUCUGGAGGCUGGACCCAGCUCUUACGAAUGGACUCACCAACAGCCCAGUGACCCUGACCUUUAUCAGACGAAUAAACGAAAGAGGCAAAAACAAACCAGUGACAGCGAUAGUAGCACAGAAAACAAGAGAGGAAAUGAAUAUAGCCAAAAAUUCCGAAAGUGUAAGAAAAAGAAAAGAUACUAGCAUUAUGUUCACGUGAAAUUUGCCUAUCCUGGUCAUCAUUUUCUUAAAAGAAAAAAAAACAAACACCUGUAUUCUUCUAAAUGACCAAUCUCGUGGCUUUCUUGUGUUUUUCGAAAUAUAUAAUAUGACAUCUGAUUUGCUAUUUCAUUUUUGUCUUGAAUGACAAAAACUUACAAAUAAUAUAAUGUAGUACUUUUUG